CCGAGCGCGAGCCUUUCCAUCAUGGCGUUUGGAAAACAUUGAGAGGUUCUAAAUUGUCUAGAUUUCCCUUCUUCCAGUUAGUUUCCCCUCUCUUCGGGCGCAAUACUUUCAUCUAGAGGCAGUAUAACGUACAUCUGAUUCACCAUGUAGGGAUCAGUGGAUAGUCGUGAAGUAUGGAGGGUAUUAAAGUAGUUUAUCAGGGCUCGAGGAAAGACGAGGAGUGAUCUCGGCGCGGCUCCGCUAUGGAAGGCCAGCCGAAGUCGGGGCCCGGGCAGCCCGUGGUUGUGGAGGUGGAAGGUCCGCCAGAGGAAACGGAAGAGAAGACAGAAGGCGACGCCGAGUCCCUGUCGUCCUUCCUGACCAGGCAGGGGCUGGGGAAGUACGCGGACGUGUUUCCAGCGGGGACGACGCUGGGGGACCUUCGGGCGAUGACCGAGGACGACCUGCAGUUUGAGUACCGAGUGACCGACCCCGCCGGCCGGGAGCGCCUGGCCAGGGCCAUCGCCACCGCACGGAUGGAGGCCGAGGAGCAGGAAGAGACAGAGACAGAGAGGGAAGAGUCGGAUAAUGACCCACCCCCAGCGCCGCCUCCCCCUCCACCCAAGCCCCGAGAACUCCCGCAGGACUUCGCCAGCACCCUCCCCAGGAACUUCAAGUUAGCGCGCCAGCUCUCCUCGGACGAUGCGCGGUCUCCCCGCGGCCGCAGGGACAGCCUGGGAGGCGUGCCGGUCCAGCAUCUGGGGCUAGAGCGAGGUCUGACCGUUCCGCACCACGGCAGCGGACACUACCUAGGCGAGUCGUCCAACCUCCUGCGCAUGAGAACACAGGUGCUGGGGCAGUCAGCACCAUCACUCGCAUCCAGCAUGAAGGACUUAACCAUGUCAAGACGAGGGAGCAGCUGCGGUCGCGGGAGGAAAGGUCUUCUGCCCAACACCUCACCGACGCUGCCAAGAGCGCAUUCUCCAAUCCCUCACGGAGGCAGCCCAGCGGAUAGUCCGAGAAAUGUCUCCCCAAGUACCCACAGCCAUUUUGUCUUCUCCUCAGUCAAAAGGAUGGAGGGUCGGAGGUGGUCAGUCGCAUCAUUACCGUCGUCUGGGUACGGAACCAACACACCGAGCUCUGCAGUCUCUCACACGGGUGUUUCGUCUACGGACUCUCCAAGUUCGUCCAUUGUGGAACAGGAGUCCCCACAUGCACUACUGUCUUCCUGUUCGUCCCAAGAGAAGCUCCACCAGCUGCCGUACCAGCCCACGGCAGAGGAGCUGCGCUUCCUCACCAAACACUUCAGCAGUAACGAGAGUAACGGGACCACCGAUGAGGACGGCAGAAAGUCGCCUGCCAUGAGACCUCGCUCACGAAGUCUCAGUAGUCCUGGACGGUCCCCGAACAUGAGUGGGGACAGUGAUGUCUUCAUGAUCAACAGUUACUACAAGGAGCGCUUCCCCAAGGCCACUGCUCAGAUGGAGGAUCGGCUAAAGGAAUUCAUAGACCAGAUCGCGGACAAAAACGACAACUAUGCGGACGGGACGUUCAGCUUUGUUCACCACCAGGUGUUGGAGCUGGCGAGAGACUGUCUACAGAAGUCACGGGAAGGGCUCAUCACAGGGCGGUACUUCUUCGAGCUGACAGAAAACUUGGAGAAACUGAUGAAUGAUGCACGUGAGCGGUCGGAAUUUGCCGGCGACAUCGUCAACCUAAUAAAGAAGUUCCUCAUGAUCAUCGCCAGACCGGCCAGACUGCUGGAAUGCCUGGAGUUUGAUCCCGAGCAGUUCUACCACCUCCUGGAGGCUGCAGAGGGCGUGGCGAGAGAGAACCAAGGCAUCACGUCUGACAUCCCGCGCUACAUCAUCAGCAAACUGGGCCUCACCAGGGACCCCAUCGCAGAAAUGAGCGACUUGUCCAACUUUGAUGUGGACACAGACAGCGGAAGACCUGACACUCCCGACACUGAUGAAACCUCCGCCAGUGAGGCGGCUAGUGAGACCACCUGUGCAGGCAAGCUGGAGGGAACAGAGAAGAAACCCAGCGAAGAUGACUUUGAGACCGUCAAACUGAUCAGCAACGGAGCUUACGGAGCGGUGUACCUGGUUCGACACAAGGAGACCAAACAGCGCUACGCCCUGAAGAAGAUCAACAAACAGAACCUGAUGCUGCGGAACCAGAUCCAGCAGGCCUUCACCGAGAGGGACAUCCUCACCUUCGCAGAGAACCCGUUUGUCGUCACCAUGUACUGCAGCUUUGAAACUAAGAAACACCUAUGUAUGGUGCUAGAGUAUGUAGAAGGAGGUGACUGUGCCACACUUCUGAAGAACAUGGGCCCCCUGCCCGUAGACAUGGCUCGCAUGUACUUCGCCGAGACCGUCCUGGCCGUGGAGUAUAUCCACAGCUACGGGAUCGUCCACCGAGACCUGAAACCCGACAACCUGCUGAUUACGUCCAUGGGGCACAUAAAGUUGACGGACUUUGGGCUGUCUAAGAUGGGCCUGAUGAGCCUGACCACAAACCUGUAUGAGGACACGCUGGACCCGAAACAGUUCACAGACAAGCAGGUGUGUGGGACACCGGAGUACAUCGCACCAGAGGUCAUCCUCAGACAGGGUUAUGGAAAGCCAGUAGACUGGUGGUCCAUGGGGAUUAUCCUGUAUGAGUUCCUGGUCGGCUGUGUGCCGUUCUUCGGAGAAACACCCGAGGAGCUGUUUUCACAGGCUGUCAACGAUGAAAUAGUAUGGCCAGAAGGAGAAGAGGCUCCCCCAGACGACGCCAAGGACCUGAUCACCAGACUGCUGGAGCAGAACCCGGUGGAGAGACUCGGCACCACAGGCGCGUACGAGCUCAAGGAACACGAGUUCUUCGCCGACCUGGACUGGACUAUGCUGCUCAGGCAGAAGGCAGAGUUUGUGCCACAGUUAGACGAUGAGGAAGAUACAAGUUACUUUGACACUCGACAGGAAAGAUACAACCACGAGCUGGAGUCGGGUGAGUCAGAAGAGGAGCAGUACCCUGACCUGAGCAACUUCUCCUCCUGCUCCCCGCGCUACCACCGCAGCUACAGCAGCUCCGACAGACUCUCCAUGUCCCUGGACGGGAAGAGCAGCAGCAUGGAGAGACUCACCGCCGAGGAGACACCGACGGGAGGCCGCGGGAUCGAGCGCAGGAAGGCCAUCAAGGACAGGAGCAAGAGCGAAUCAGAGCUAGCCAAAGAAACAAGGAGAGUGGAGCCCAAACCUGACACAUCCCGGAGGGAGGCUGAGAGACCAGCAGACGACACGCCUGCGAAGCCAGCAGCCGAGAGUUCCCGCCCAGGAGAGUCUGAGAAGGGCAGUAGGACAGACAGUGUCAGUAGUACCGGCAGUGUGGAGCCCAGAGAGAGUACACCAAAGGCCAGCGACAAGGAGGCGGAGCUUGGGGCAGUGGGAGGUGUCAGUUCUCCUGAAUGCACACCAAAGUUCAGACCGCGAGCGACAGACUCGUCCCAGACGGAGAGCGAGAGUUCUCCCCCCAUCACGGUCCGACGGCGCCGCUUCAGCUCGCGGGACACGCUGCCCAGACUCGCCAUCUCCAUGGAGGAUGACGACAGCUGCUUCCUGGAGCCCAUCGAGCUACCUGUCCCCGACAUCCGGCACAGGAAGCCCAGUGGGGACCGGGAGCUGAUCGACCUGGUGAACAGGGUGGCAGGACGCAACAUCCCCAUGAUCAAGUCUGCCUCUGCCACAGCCCUGUCUCUGCUCAUACCCUCAGACGAGCGAGGUCUUCCCCAGCCGCUGCAGUCUCCCAGCUCCACGCCCAGCUCUCGUGACGUGUCCCCAACAAGGGAGUACUCCCCCCUGCUGGAGAGCCUCAAGGCCCCCAUGGUCAUCAAGAAGGGCCCCCGAGGGUUCGGCUUCACUCUGCGCGCCAUCCGCGUGUACAUGGGAGACAGCGAUGUCUACACUGUGCACCAUCUAGUCAUGGCUGUUGAUGAGAAGGGACCAGCCUACGCGGCGGGGCUGAGACCGGGUGACCUGAUCACCCAGGUCAACAACGAGCACGUGCAGGGUCUCCUGCACACCCAGGUCGUACAACUCAUCCUCCGGGACGGCAACAAGGUCACCAUCCAGGCCUGCCCCCUGGAGAAAACCUCCAUCAAGGCCGGCGGCCGGAAGAGGGUCCCCUCCGCGUCCAAGAUGAUGCGGCGGCGCAAGAAAAAGUGGAAGAAGGAGGGAGGCGCGGAGAAGAAGCGACGCAGCUCCAUCUUCAGAAGACUGAGCAGCAAGCGCGGGAGCACGGACUUCCACCACAUGCACCCGCAAGUGGAGAAGCAUCGACACGGCAUCCCAACGCUAACGCAGAGCAAGAGCGUCGGCUUUCUCAGCCGGUCGCUGUCUUCGAACGAGAGUUUACCCGGAUCGCCAACCAGGCCGCAGAAGUCCCCCCGGUCCCCGCCUCACUACCGCUCGCCCCCAGACUCUGCUCACUCCACCACAACAAACUCCUCGCAGAGCAGUUCCCCCAGCUCGAGCGUCCCGAACUCCCCGGCCAACUCCGCACACUUCCCCCGUCCGAGCUCGCUACACGGGCUCAGCCACAAGCUGGCCAGAACAUUCCGCUCUCCUCGGAGGAAGUCGGUGGGGCACAUCCCGCUGUCGCCGCUGGCCAGGACGCCGUCGCCCUCCCCCAGCGCGACGUCGCCCACGCGCAGCCCCAGCCCGCUCACUCUCGUCAGCAACCAUCCGGGAAUCUCGAACACGACGCAGUCCUUCCCCGUUCACAGCGCUACAACAGUAACAGUCGCCACGCCCAGCGGGAAGCACGUGACAAGACCAAAGAGCGCGGACCCGCCGGGGUCACCCCUUCUGCGGAGGGCGUUGUCCCCGGAUAAACCCCUGAGCUCUGCGAGUGGGAGCGGGACGAGUGUCAGCGGGGGUAGCGGGGACGAAACCUACCCGAGCGGUGCCAAGAGGAAAGGGAACGGCAAACGGGAUAGCAAAAGCUUGUGGCAGGAGAGAAAGCAGCUGUUUAAGUCCAGCGGGGAGUCCAGCGACAAGAGUGACAAAUAGACGCAUACUCCGUAAACAACGUAACUAUUUGUAGUACGUCCUCCGUGUGUGUCAUUUCAUUUGACAUUCUCUCAGCGUGACAGUUGAAGUACACACCGAUUCAUUGUGACUGACUUAAUGCAUUCGCAUCUGUGCUCUACACCACGGAUAUAUAAAAAAAGCCUGCUCCAAAAGUGUGGGGACAUCUUGCACGGUUGCAGCUGAGGGCAGGCUGCUACAUUCUGAAAGUUGUUGUUGUUUUCUGUAAAUAUGUUUUUGCACAAAGGGAACUGCUGUAUAGCGCAGGAGCUGCUGAUGUACAGAGGCAAGGAAAUAACUCGGUCAAGCCACCGACGAUGGCAUCGGGACGCAAUCGUGGUGCCAUUCAGGAGCAUGUGAUGAAGAAGAAGUGUCGUGGAGUGUAGUCUUCAAAGGGAGUGAAGCCAGAUUUGAAAAACUUAUACCUGAUUGGUAUUUCUUCCUUUGGCACAACGCAUAGCUAAACUGCAUGCAGAUUGUUGAAACUGCCUCUCAAAUACUGUGAACAAAGACACAAAUCUACUAGUAUCUGGGGCUUGCAUUGGCUCAAACAGAAUCAGCUUAAACUUGUGCCAAAGGAAGAAAUGCAUUUUGAGUCGUACGUGAAAGUGGCCUUUGUUAAGGCCAUGAAUAAGGGCAUAAUGUAGACAGCAAGUCAAGUAGCCUAUGAUUCCUUGGCUAACCCAUAAUGUACCAAGCAAGCAUGAAGAGGUCCAUUCUUAUAAUUACUGCAUCAAAGACUUCAAGACCAGCUGUUCAAACAGCACAAGAACAAGGAUAAAUAUAUCUUAUAACAGUUCUGGUCAUGUCAAACCUAGCAUGAUGUACAAGGGCCAAUGAACAUGUUAAGGGUUUCAGUCAGGUAAAAAAAUAUUAUAUAGCUGCUUGGUGAAUCCGGUACUGUGCAGGUGAAGGUGCUAAGAUUGUACAGGAAGUUACGAGAAGAUAAUGUUAAAAAAAAAUGCCCACCAAAUAUGCUACACAAAAGUAACUACCAUUCCAACUUACUGUAGUUCAUUCCUUGUCUCUCCAGAAGCUAUGGAUGUUCUGUAUGUAACACUCUCCCCCUCCCCCAAAACUUCAAUGUCAGUAAUGCAUUUCCAUACUAAGAACUUUGCCUAGAACUGCAAAGAACAUAGGCAUAAGUCUGUAGAGCUUUUAGAACCCCAGCACUUCUGUAGAUCAUUGCAAUGGUGGGUGUAUAAGAUGUGAGAGCAAUCCAUGUGCAAUUUCUGAUGUAGCAAUGAAGUUUAAUAUCUCAGACAAGGCAUUCUGAAGAUGUAGGCACUAUUCUCUUUGCUCUUACUUCAUCACAUAGCGUUGUGUUUUGAAUCUGCAUAUGUGCUCCAGUCAUUACAGCAUUUUCCUUGAAUGUUAAUAUUAUAUAAUGAUGGGUAGCUUUCCAGAAUCAAGAAAAUUGCAAGACACUAAUAACAAGGGUUUAAUAACAAUUUGUAUCAUUUUCCUGACACACCUUCAUUAGACUUUUCAUCUAAUUUCUUGGGGUUCCAGUGCCGAUAAAAAGGAACAAAGAUAGUGCCUACAUCUCUCAUGGCCUUUGUAAGCUUCUUGCAUGCCAAUGACCAUAGACAAUGCUGCAAAAAUCCCUGGUAUAGAACAGCUCUGUACAAGCUUUACUCUACUUUAAAAUUGAUAGUCCUUUUUUCAGUGCAAAUAUUAUAAACUGCUAGCACACCAGGCAUGUUGUGGCUAGUGACAGUAUGUGGUAUAACAAUGUACUACUACUAAAUCUAUUCCGGAAAAACCUUAAGCACUUAAGAGUACUACAGACUCUCACAACAAAUAGGGCCAAUGUAUAAUUGGCCCACAAAAAGGACAGACUAUUGUGGUGGUCUAUUGUAACUAAAGAUUAUAUAGGAAAAUGUAGUGUAGAAUGUUUUCCAUGGCAAGAUAUGCCGAGUUAUCAGUGUCCACACACAAUGCCUUGUGUGAGGUAGUUUUUUGUAUCCAUGAUACAGGGUUCUCUCCCAGGGCCAGACAGUGUGUGCGUGUGCGUGUUGGGUUCCUGAUAAUGUGCUGUGCUGCUGAAAUUUUUGAUGUUCUUGAUGUUGUUCUUCUACUGCUAUGCAACUAAUCGACCUAACAUUCCUGCCCAUAGGCAUAAAAACAAUGUCGAAGGCUGAUCAAAGACGUAACCAGUGAAACAUUGUGAACAGGCCUUGGUUGCUGUCAUAAUUGUUUGCCUGAUUUUACCUCUAUUUUAAACUUUUCUAUUGCGAGACUGUUCUGCAUUGCUACUGUAAUAAAGGCAUCUUUGUUGUAAAACACUUCAAAGUAGAUCAGUAUGGUAGUCAACAAACCAGAAACGGAUUUUAUUCUGUCAGAAGUUUUGGUUCACAGUAUGAGGUGAUGUUGGUAAUCAUUUCAAAACUGGCAAUGCUAUUAAAGCUCUUACAAGUGACACAGAGUCAACUUACAAAGACUGACAUGUUGUACAUCUAAAUUGUAUUGGAAGUCUGUUAAAGUAGGGACGCAAACCCUUUAGGAAAAAUACACUUUUCUGUAAUUUACCAUUCGCUUGUGUAAUAUCAGCUCUGUUAUGUUCAUACUCCCAAGAGAAUUGUGCUGCAUUUGCUAUUACUAUAGUAUCACUGUACAUGUAUGUACAUUAUAGAAUUUCUUGUGAGAAACGUCAGUGGUACUACGUAAAAAUAUAUCUAUUGGUGGUGGAUAGAAGAGUUAUCAGCAUAUUCAAUAUCAUUGUGCAAAUACUUGGAGCGAAAGGUUCGCUCUGUUAUUUCUGAGUUCGAACGUGAGGUGGUUCCAUCUUACUUUGUUGUAUAUAGGUAACUUUGAUACUACUGACCCAUGUACAAUGAUUCAAUAUGGCCAUAGGUGCUUUGUACUGUGCAUAUUAAUAUUAUGGGAAAGUGGAGAAUCUAUGAAUCAAUCAAUAAAGUGCUGUGGUGAGA